AUGGCUGCACAGCCAGCCCUCAUGACAAGUUAUAUCAAACUUCCUGUUGGCGAAGAGCACCUAGAACCGAUUUUGGACCGGAAAAACCAAAUCAUCAGUAAGGUAGAAGCAAUCUUACCAACAGCGAAAGUUGAAAAAGUUACUCGAAGAUUUAAUGAGAAACUUGAGGAAAUUCGUCAGAUCUUCCGUGACUGCAGCUUGUUAAACGCCGAGUUGCGCGAGAUGUCUCCUUUGGAGCAUGUUUUCCUCGGCGUCGGCGAUGUUGCUCGGGAUGCAGAUGUUUCCAUCAGCUAUGUUAGAAGCGCCACGAAAGAUUCGGCUGUGCAAGAACGUCCACAAACGUCUGAAGUAUCUGCCACUACUGCAGAGAGUACUGCAGCGAAGGCCCCCGUGCAGUCUCCUGAGGUGAUCUCCGGAAACGCCAUCAUUCCCUCUAUAACGCCGGAGGAAUUCGAAAUAAUUCCCAAAUACAUGCGCGGUCGCAUGACUCUUUCAGAACUGAAUGAUAUUGUGGGCAAGUUGGAUGAGUUCUUGUCAAUGAAACGAAGUCUGUUGAAUGCACCUUUCAAAAAACUCCCUAUGAAGGACAAGGAUCAGGUCUGCAAGUGGAAGGAGCAGGAGCCUACUCCUAUUGUUGGGCAGCUGUUUUGUCAAGAAGCUGAUGUUAAGCCUUUGAUGAAAGACCGUUCAAGAGCUCUUUUCCGUACAGCACUGCCCUGUUUACGACAUGUUCGACGAAUCAAAGAGGUUCGACACAGAGGACAGGUCUACAUACUGCCGGAACAAUGA